CCGCUAGGGUGGAGGAAGUUGAGUCUCGGCGCGGGAGGGUGUCAGGCCCAGGAACGCCAGCAGCUCAAGGCCGGCAGGUGCCUGGGCUGCAGCGGCCGGGACUCGCGGGUCGCCGGUCACCCACCGGGCCUGGCGCGCCGGGCGGGCGGCCACGCUCGCAGCAGCAUGCGGGAGACCCAGGGGAGCAGAGCGCGGCCAGGGCGCUCCGGCCCGCUAGCGUCCUAGCCGGUCCGGGAGGCGCGGGGCCCUGCGAUCUCUGGCGGCCGAGCGCGGCGGGGGCGGGGAGGGCGCAGGGCGGCGGCCUGGCGGGGGGAGGGUCUCGGCUCCGCCACCGGCGCCCGCGGGGACCCUGGCGGCGGCGGGUGACAGUCGGGGAGGCAUGGCUGAGGCUGGCGGGGCCGGGCCCCCAGCACUGCCGCCCGCGCCCCCGCACGGCUCCCCCCGGACCCUGGCCACCACCGCCGGGAGCUCUGCUUCCUGCGGGCCAGCGACCGCUGUGGCCGCGGCGGGCACAGCCGAGGGACCGGGAGGAGGCGGCUCGGCCCGGAUCGCCGUGAAGAAGGCGCAGCUGCGCUCCGCUCCGCGGGCGAAGAAACUGGAGAAACUCGGCGUGUACUCCGCCUGCAAGGCAGAGGAGUCCUGUAAAUGUAAUGGCUGGAAGAACCCCAACCCCUCUCCUACUCCACCAAGAGCAGACCUCCAGCAAAUAAUCGUCAGUUUGACAGAAUCCUGUCGAAGCUGUAGCCAUGCCCUUGCUGCUCAUGUUUCCCAUUUGGAGAAUGUAUCGGAGGAGGAAAUGAACAGACUCCUGGGAAUUGUGUUGGACGUGGAGUACCUCUUUACCUGCGUCCACAAAGAAGAAGAUGCAGAUACCAAACAAGUUUAUUUUUACCUAUUCAAGCUCUUGAGAAAGUCAAUUUUACAAAGAGGAAAACCUGUGGUUGAAGGCUCCUUGGAGAAGAAGCCCCCAUUUGAAAAGCCCAGUAUUGAACAGGGGGUGAAUAACUUCGUACAGUACAAGUUUAGUCACCUGCCAUCCAAAGAGAGGCAGACCACAGUUGAGCUGGCCAAGAUGUUUCUGAACCGCAUCAACUACUGGCACCUGGAGGCACCAUCUCAGCGGAGACUGCGGUCUCCCAAUGAUGACAUCUCUGGAUACAAGGAGAACUACACAAGGUGGCUGUGCUACUGCAAUGUACCGCAGUUCUGUGACAGCCUGCCUCGGUACGAAACCACAAAGGUGUUUGGGAGAACAUUGCUUCGCUCAGUCUUCACCAUCAUGAGGCGACAGCUCCUGGAACAAGCCAGACAGGAAAAAGACAAACUGCCUCUUGAGAAACGCACCCUAAUCCUCACACAUUUCCCAAAGUUUCUGUCUAUGUUGGAAGAAGAAGUAUAUAGUCAAAACUCUCCUAUCUGGGAUCAGGAUUUUCUCUCAGCCUCCUCCAGAACCAGCCCACUAGGAAUCCAAACAGUCAUCAGUCCUCCUGUUACUGGGACAGCAUCAUUCAGUUCAAACUCCUCUUCCCAUGAGCUGCUCAAUGGAGGGAGAACCAGUCCUGGCUGCAGAGGCUCUUCUGGGCUUGAAGCAAACCCAGGAGAAAAGAGGAAAAUGAACAACUCUCAUGCUCCAGAGGAGGCCAAGAGAUCCCGAGUGACGGGGGAUAUUCCUGUGGAAUUGAUCAAUGAGGUCAUGUCUACCAUCACAGACCCUGCAGUGAUGCUUGGACCAGAGACCAAUUUUCUGUCAGCACAUUCAGCCAGAGAUGAGGCGGCAAGGCUGGAAGAACGCAGGGGCGUCAUUGAAUUCCACGUGGUGGGCAAUUCUCUGAAGCAGAAACCGAAUAAGAAGAUCCUGAUGUGGCUGGUGGGCCUACAGAAUGUCUUUUCCCACCAGCUGCCUCGCAUGCCCAAAGAGUACAUCACACGGCUUGUCUUUGACCCGAAACACAAAACCCUUGCUUUAAUUAAAGAUGGCCGUGUCAUUGGUGGUAUCUGUUUCCGGAUGUUUCCAUCCCAGGGAUUCACAGAGAUUGUUUUCUGUGCAGUAACCUCAAAUGAACAAGUCAAGGGCUAUGGAACACACCUGAUGAACCAUCUCAAAGAAUACCAUAUAAAGCAUGACAUCCUGAACUUCCUCACAUACGCAGAUGAGUAUGCCAUCGGCUACUUUAAGAAGCAGGGUUUCUCCAAAGAGAUCAAAAUACCUAAAACCAAAUAUGUUGGCUACAUCAAAGAUUAUGAAGGAGCCACUUUGAUGGGAUGUGAACUGAACCCGCAGAUCCCGUACACAGAGUUCUCUGUCAUCAUUAAAAAGCAGAAGGAGAUCAUUAAAAAGCUGAUAGAAAGAAAACAAGCUCAGAUUCGAAAAGUCUACCCUGGACUUUUAUGUUUCAAAGAUGGAGUUCGGCAGAUUCCUAUAGAAAACAUUCCUGGAAUCAGAGAGACAGGCUGGAAACCAAGUGGAAAAGAGAAAAGUAAAGAGCCCAAAGACCCUGAGCAGCUUUACAGCACCCUCAAGAACAUCCUGCAGCAGGUUAAGAGCCAUCAAAGCGCUUGGCCCUUCAUGGAACCAGUGAAGAGAACAGAAGCUCCGGGAUAUUAUGAAGUUAUAAGGUUUCCCAUGGAUCUGAAAACCAUGAGCGAACGCCUCAGGAACAGGUACUAUGUGUCUAAGAAGUUAUUCAUGGCAGACCUGCAGCGAGUGUUCACCAACUGCAAGGAGUACAACCCCCCCGAGAGCGAGUACUACAAGUGUGCCAGCAUCCUGGAGAAGUUCUUCUUCAGUAAAAUUAAGGAAGCAGGGUUGAUUGACAAGUGAUUUCUUUCCUUAGACACUCCUCAGCAGUGUGCCUAAAGCAGGUGACUUAGGUUGUUUUUUUUUUUUUUUAAAGAAUUGAACAUCAUGUGUUGAAGAGACUUGUAAUAAUUAGCACUUUUGAAAAACAAAAAACCUCCUUUUAGCUUUUCAGAGACAUAUUUAAAUGGAAAUCAUAGAUUUUUUUUUUUUGUGGAAUAGAAUUUAAUCUAUUUACUACUAUCAUGUAAAAUUUCUCUGGCAUGUCCAGUAGCUGACUCUUGCAUGGUAGAAGAUCAGGGGCUUCCUCAAAACCUGGAUGUGAGGAAAUUGCACACAGUACCAAGAUUUGGGGGAAUCUAGAGAAAAUUUUGACCAUGAAUGUCUCCAUUUUUUUCUAAUGGAGCAUGAGAGUUUAUUUUAUUCUGAAGGACUUUAAGAAAGUGUCCAUGAUACACCUGUCAAGGUGAACUACGUGAUGUUUGAAGUCUCAUUGUAGACUUUUUAUAAAUAUAUAUUUUUAAAACACUCAUCUAGAUGAGGUGCUUUGAGCAGUUCUGAAAAAUGCAGCUCCCACAAAAGCAGCUGCUUUGACUUCUAAGAAAGGGACUUUUUACAAGUUCCCAGGGCUUUGUUUCUUCUGUCUACCUAUUACAGACUUGAGAAUGCACAACCACUGUUUAACAAUUCUUGGCAGAUAUGUGUCCAUCUCAUAAUUGACUUUGUUUGUGCAGGGCCCAAGUUCUAAAUGACCCUUUCCCAGGCCACAAAGGUGUCAACUUGAAAACAUUUGAGGCUGAGUCAAUGUUAAGACAUAUGGCCUAAAUAGAACCCAGGGAAGCCUUGCUCUACUAAGUAAGGAUUCUUUGCAUUUUCUGGUACAUUUAACCCUACCAGCAAUGUCCAUGUGAACAUUUCCCACUUGCACCUCCAGAUUUAUGUUUGUCUGAGGUGAACUGAAUAUUCUCAUCAAAAUUUAGGCCAGUAUUUUAACACGUGCAUUGUUUUAUUGGUCCAGGGUUAGAUCCCACUAACGUCCACUGUACAAUUUUAUUAACCAAUUUGUCUUGGGACUCUGGCUUAGUGCUUGGAUUUAUUUCCUAAUUACACUACAUAGCAACGUGGACACCUGCCACCCCAGCUCUGGGAAAAACCAACUAAUAUACGACCAUAUUAAACGAAGGCCACCUUAAUGGUCUCGACACUAAUUUUUAUGAUGCAAAUUUAUAAACUGAUUCUUUUGUAAAGGCUGAGGUUUUAAAAAUGUAUUUAAUGUAUGUUUUCUAUCAGCAUAAAUUAUAUUGGGUCACUAAUAGUAAUUAAAAACAGCUUGCAGAGGUAGUGUGCUUGAAGGAGAAUAUCCUGGUAUUGCUACUGAGGCUGCUUCUGACAUGGAAGGGAUUCCAUAUGUUCAGAGUGUUCACGGAAGAUCACACUGAAGAUGCCUCAACCUUUUGAAGUGUAAGGAACACUCUGAUUGGUGUCUAGACUUUUAAUGAAGAAUAAUACAGUUUGCAUUAAGCAUCUCAGCCUGGUUUUAAAAGAGCUUUGUACCGAUUUUGCUGAAGCAUCUGUCCAGCUUGGUAUCCUGUGAAAGUUUGUUAUUUCCUGGGUAGACAUUCUUAUAGAGUAUUGUCUUUAAAAUCAGAUGGUCUCUUCUAUAUUGAAAGCAUUUUUAUGUUUUCUAAUUUAAAAAUUAAUAUUUUCUUAUAGAUAUUGUGCAAUAAAGCAGAAGUAGAAUGUGUGGUUUUUGCAAAUGCUUUAACAGCCGACAAAAACUUUACAUUUGUAAAAUUAAUAUAUUGUACUGGUACAAAAUAGUUUUAAAUUAUAUUUUGAAAAAUUCUA